AUGGCGGCUCCCCUGAGCACAGCCAGCGCGGCGCCCGCUCGGCAGCCGCCGGGCCCCCUGCGGCUGAACCGGGACCCUCUUGGCCCCGCCCCCGUGACGUCAUCACGGCGCGCCCGGCGCCAGCGUCGCGCGGGGCUGCAGGGUCGCGCGGGGCGGCGGCUCCCCCAGCAGGGGGCGCUGCUCCAGGCGCGGCGGCGCGGGCGCGCGCGGGGCCGGAGGGCGGGGCUGGAGGCGGAGCUUCAGCAGCUGGAUUUGGGGGCAGAGGUCGCAGCUCCCACUGGAACAGGACUGGUCAGUGAUGGAGGGGACAGAGCCGACUGCGGGGACAGCCGCCCCCCCGGGGGUCUGGCCCCGCUCUGGGCGGCGCUGGAGGGGCUGGUCCAGCGCUGCGUCCCUGUGCAGUGCCGCCCAGCCACCGAUGAGGAGCUGCUGCUGGUGCACAGCCCCUUGUUCGUGGCGCAGCUGGAGCCCCCUGACAGCCCCGGCCUGGGGGGGUCGGGACCCCGCCGGGCCGUGGGGGCGGCACUGGCGCUGCUGGAGCAGGUGCUGGGGGGUGCCCUGCGCAAUGGGGUGGCCCUGAUCAGCCCCCAGGACCCCCAGGAUUCCCCUGAGCCCGCGGCCGUGGCCGCCCGGGUGGCCCAGAAACACCUCGGGGUGCAGCGUGUCCUGAUCGUGGAUUGGAGCCCCCGGCCCGGCCGGAGCCUCCCUCGGCUGUUCCAGGAGGAUCCCAGUGUCCUGUACUUCGGGGCUCAGCGGGGCCGGGAGCCCCCCCCCAGCCCUGGCCACGGCCCCGGGGAGGGGUUCAGCGUGGAGCUGCGCUGGGAGCAGCCCGGUGUCACCGACGGCGAUUACGUGGCCGCUGCCCUCCACGUCCUGCUGCCCAUCGCCUUCCAGUUCCAGCCCCAGCUCGUCCUGGUCGAGGCUUCGCUGGAGGAUUUGGGGGGGUCCCUGGGGGUCUCCCCUGCUGGGUUCUCUCUCCUGACCCACCUGCUCUCGGCCCUGGGGAGGGGGCGGCUGCUGCUGCUGCUGCAGGGGGGGCCGGAUUUGGGGGCAUCCCCGGGGGGGGUGGGGGCCGUCCUGCGGACCCUGCUGGGGGACCCCGGGGACCCCCCCGGGCCCAUCACCCCCACCCCCAGCGGCCUGGCCAGCAUUGCCCGCACCCUGAGCAUCCACCAGCAGUACUGGGGCUGCCUGCAGAGCACCGAGAUCGAGGAGGAGGAGGAGGAGGAGGAGGAGGAGAAGGAAGAGGAGGAAGAAGCGGAGGCAGAAGCAGGGGAAGAAGAGGAGGAGAACGAGGAUGAGGAUGAAGGAAAGGAGGAGCUGGAGGGGGAUGGGAACCCCCCAGAGACCCCCCCGGAGCCACCGCCAAGAGCCCGAGUGGGGUUGGUCUACGACCCCCGCAUGGAGGAGCACAGGAACACCUGGGACAGCCAGCACCCCGAGUGCCCGCAGCGCCUGUCGCGGGUGCUGCAGCGCCUGCAGGAGCUGGGGCUGGCCCAGCGCUGCCUCCCGCUGCCCUCCCGGCCCGCGACCCCCCGGCAGCUCCACGCCUGCCACACCCGUGCCCACGUGCGGACGCUGUCCCGGACGCCGUCGCUGUCCCCGCGGGAGCUGCGGGCGCUGUCCCAGCGCUACAACAGCCUCUACCUGUGCCCCCAGUCCUACACCUGUGCCCGCCUGGCCGCGGGCGGGGCCUGCGCCGCUGUGGGGGCCGUGCUGGGGGGCCAGGUGCGCUCGGCGCUGGCCGUGCUGCGUCCCCCCGGCCACCACGCCCGCCCCGGCUCUGCCGGCGGCUUCUGCCUCUUCAACAACGUGGGGGUGGCCGUGCGCCACGCCCAGCGCCUGGCAGGGACCCCCCUCAGGGUGCUGAUCCUAGACUGGGACAUUCACCACGGCAACGGCACCCAGGAGAUCUUUGAAGAGGACCCCAGUGUCCUGUACGUGUCCCUGCACCGCCAUGACGGCUCCUUCUUCCCGGGGGGGGCCGGGGGGUCCCCGAGGCGCCGGGGGAGGGGUCCUGGCACCGGCUUCACCCUGAACGUUGGCUGGGGGGGGCCCCGCGUGGGGGACCCCGAGUACCUGGCGGCCCUGACCCGCCUGGUGCUGCCCGUGGCCUGCCAGUUUGGGCCAGAGCUGGUGCUGGUGUCGGCCGGGUUCGACGCGGGCCGGGGAGACCCCCUGGGGGGGUGCCUGGUGUCCCCCCAGACCUUCGGCCUCAUGACCCAUCUCCUGGGGGGGCUGGCAGGGGGACGGCUCGUGCUUGUGCUUGAGGGCGGGUACAACCUGGCAGUGACGGCAGAGGGGGUGGGGCAGUGCCUGGGGGUCCUGCUUGGGGACCCCCCCACACUGCCCCCCUCCGGGACCCCCCAGCCAGUGGCACUGAAGGCCCUGAGCCGCACCCUGCGAGCACAGCGGGGCUCCUGGAGCUGCCUGCAGCUGCCUCGUGUUGAGCCCCCCAAGGAGGGGCACGGCAGCGAUGAUGUCACAUCCACCGCCGAUGACGUCACCGGCUCUCCCCCCCUGGACGCCGCCAUUCGCCGCUUGGGGGCGCUGCAGCUCGGGGACGCGCCGGGGGGCGGGGCCAAAGCUGGCUCGGGGGCGGGGCCUCCGCUAGGCCACGCCCCCGCGGCCGCUGCCGCCCCCUGCUGGGAGGAGGAGGAAGAGCUGGAGGAGGGAGCGCUGUACGCCGUGACGCCCCUCCUGGACUGUCCCCACCUGGGGGCCGUGGCCCCCCCUCCGGCCGAGGGGGCUCUCGGGGACAUCCUGCCCCCUCCCUGCGGGGUCUGCGGGAGCCGCCGCGAGAAUUGGCUGUGCCUGAGCUGCCACCAGGUGCUGUGUGGGCGCUACAUCGGGGGGCACAUGCUGGAACACGGGGGGGCCUCGGGGCACCCCCUGGUGCUGAGCCUGCGGGACCUGGCGGCCUGGUGCUACCCCUGCGGGGGCUACGUCACCCACCCGGUGCUGCUCCCCACCAAGACCUUCAUCUACCACCUCAAAUUCGGCACUGACCCCCCCACCGCCUCCUUCUGAGCCCCUCCCCCACCCCAGGA